CAAAGAUCUCACCAGCAAAAUCCGAUCUCCCGAAUCUCUCCACUGAACCCCACCUCUUAUAUUUAUGUCACCUAACCUAACUUUUUCUUCUUCCUCCUCCAUCACAUCACAUUGAUUUCUGCGUUUUCUUUCUUCUUUAAUCCAAAGCUUCUUGUUCGAACCAAUCUUCACGCCUUCCUUAUCUAUGGCGGUUGGUGAGGUCAUGAGGAUGGAGAUUCCCGCCGGUGGAGAUUUGAAAGUUACUUCGCCGGAAUUACACGUUCUUGCCGUCGACGAUAGUAUCGUGGAUCGUAAAGUCAUUGAGAGGUUGCUAAAAAUCUCUGCCUGUAAAGUGACAACUGUAGAGAGUGGGACUAGGGCUUUGCAGUAUCUUGGCUUAGAUGGAGACAAAGGAGCUUCUGAUCUCAAGGAUUUGAAGGUGAAUUUGAUAGUGACGGAUUACUCAAUGCCAGGACUAACGGGAUAUGAUCUUCUCAAGAAGAUUAAGGAAUCUUCUGCAUUCAGAGAAAUCCCAGUAGUGAUUAUGUCAUCUGAGAACAUCUUACCCCGUAUAGAACAAUGUAUUAAGGAAGGAGCAGAGGAAUUUCUGUUAAAACCGGUGAAACUAGCAGACGUCAAACGAAUAAAACAACUUAUAAUGAGAAAUGAAGCAGAAGCAGAGGAAUGCAAAACCUUAAGAAGCCAUUAUAACAAGAGAGAGUUUCCGAAAGACAUUGAUACACCAUCACCAUCAUCAUCAUCAACAACAACAAGUAAUGAUGAUGAUGAUUCUUCUGUCAAGGACUUUCCGUCUUCAAAACGGAUGAAAUCGGAAGCUGAAAACCUUUCUACUCUUCUUUGAAAUAUAUAUAUAUAGAGAGCCAAGACCUUAGCUAACAUUGUCUGUUGAUAUUCCUCAUCUACGUUUUUUGUUCAUUCGUUUUUGUAAUUUUUGGGUCAAUUCACAAACAGUUUUUGAGAGAAUCAUUGUUUCACUUAAA